GAAGAAAGAAGAGGGAAAGCGUUAUUUGCAAAAACAGAUAUAUGUGGUUUAUGUUACUUCGCUUGAUCUGUAUUAUUAUGUCCAGCAGCAUGUCUGUAGUAAAUGCUGCUCCCAGCGCGUAGGGCUAGUCCCGCGCUGGGGUGCUGAGUGUGUGCCUCCAGCGGUCGCUUCCGGGGGACCAUGGCUCUUUCGCUCCUCUCUAGCUCGACGCGAACCUGUAUGCGUUUAAAUUCAUAUUUACAUAAAGGCGAACUGACGGUUCUCAUAUCGUUGCCUCGCACCGCGAGCAACAAAGAGUGGAGAAAUACUGGACGCAGGGCUGUGUGUGGCACCGGGCGAGUCCAUGCUACCGCGCAGAUGAACGAGUCCACGUUGAAGGGGACGCGCAAGCGCCGCGCGCACGCGCCUCCAGUGGGGAAUGAGCUCGAGCGCCUCAGGAGGGUUUCAAUUGAGGGCAACAUUGCGGUAGGAAAAUCAACCUUUGCAAAACUCCUGCAUUCUGUCAACAAGGACUGGGAUGUUGUUCCUGAGCCUGUCGGCAAGUGGCAGAAUGUCGGCACAUCAGAAAAAACCGCCAGCAACCUGUUGGAUAUGAUGUAUCGGGACCCGCAGCGCUGGUCCUACACCUUCCAGACCUUUUCCUGCAUGAGCCGAAUGCACACGCAGCUGCAGCCACCUGCCACCCACCUUUUAGGAUCAGGUGGCACACCUGUGCAGGUUUUUGAGCGCUCUGUGUACAGUGAUAGGUACAUCUUUGCCCUGACCUUGUUUGAGUUGGGAAGUAUAAAUGCCACAGAGUGGGCUGUGUACCAGAGUUGGCACUCCUUCCUUCUGGAGCAGUUUGGUCAGCGUCUGGAGCUGGAGGGCAUUAUCUAUCUGAAGGCUCCACCGCAGAUAUGUCUGGAGCGCCUGAAACGACGGGACCGAGAUGAGGAGAAGGGGGUGAAACUAGACUACUUGGAGAAGCUCCAUGAUCAGCACGAGAACUGGCUAGUCAACAAGAGCACAGAGCUACACUUUGAGCAGCUGAAGCAGGUUCCUGUACUUGUGCUGGAUACCUCUGGGAACUUUGAGGAGGACGAGAAGGUUAAAAAUAAUCUUAUCUCACAGGUUAGGGAGUUCUUCAGCAUGUUGUAAAGAAGAGCACUUGGAGCAAGCAAGGGAGCACAUUUAACAAAUUACACAAACAAGCAGAGAUUUUGUCAGUGUACUGUACUGUUAAAUGAGUGUUGAUAUUCCUGACAUUCUCUUAGACUGGUUAAAAUAAAACUUUUGUAUUGUGUCUGAACAGUAUUUGACAAGUUGUGAAGUGAGCCAUAAAGCUGUGUUACAGUUGUUCUUUGUUUGGUAGCCAGUAAAGAACUGUCACAGAACAAACUGGGAGUGUACCAUACAGUAGUUAGACUAUAAAUUUUACUAGUUAUUUUAUAUUUAAAUAAAGUUUGAUUAUUUUUUGAAUGUUUUCUAUUUUUGUCUGAGAAGCCAACAUAUUGGAUGUAUGAAGGUUUUAGACCAAGUGGACUGUGAUGUUAUUUGUAUAACUGAAUAAUUGUAAUUGUCUGUGUUUUGAAAUUUAUGAUGAGACAGCUGGAAGUUUACCUGAGCUAAACUGGUGUCUAGUAGAAAAUAAUAAAGUUA